AUGAGUGGAGCUGUGCUUGUCGCUGUUGCUGCUGCUGUUGGCAACUUGUUACAAGGAUGGGAUAACGCAACAAUUGCAGGAGCUGUGUUGUACAUAAAAAAAGAGUUUAAUUUGGAGAGCAAUCCAUCAAUGGAAGGCCUAAUUGUGGCCAUGUCACUAAUUGGUGCUACUCUGAUCACAACAUGGUCUGGAGGCGUAGCUGAUUGGCUUGGUCGCCGUCCGAUGCUAAUACUGUCCUCGAUUCUCUACUUCGUUGGUUCUCUAGUAAUGCUAUGGUCCCCAAACGUUUAUGUGUUGCUCUUAGGCAGGUUGUUAGAUGGGUUUGGGGUUGGUCUUGUGGUCACACUUGUUCCUAUUUAUAUAUCUGAGACUGCACCUCCUGAGAUCAGGGGACUGUUGAACACGCUUCCCCAGUUCACUGGCUCUGGAGGCAUGUUCUUAUCUUACUGUAUGGUUUUCGGAAUGUCGUUGAUGCCUUCUCCUAGCUGGAGAUUGAUGCUUGGUGUCCUCUUCGUCCCUUCCCUUGUCUUCUUCUUCCUCACAAUCUUCUUCUUGCCUGAGUCCCCAAGGUGGCUCGUGAGCAAAGGUCGAAUGCUUGAAGCAAAGCGGGUUCUGCAGAGACUACGUGGGCGGGAAGAUGUGUCUGGUGAGAUGGCUUUGUUGGUUGAGGGUCUUGGGAUUGGAGGUGAAACAACGAUAGAGGAAUAUAUAAUCGGUCCUGCGGAUGAAGUUGGUGAUGAUCAUGAUUUAGCUGUGGACAAGGAUCAAAUUAAGCUGUAUGGUGCAGAAGAAGGCCUGACUUGGGUUGCUAGGCCAGUCAAAGGAGGAAGCACUGUGAGCAUUAUGUCUCGCCAUGGAAGUACACUGAGCAAGAGGCAAGGCUCGUUGAUUGAUCCUCUUGUCACGCUCUUCGGGAGCGUUCACGAGAAGAUGCCUGACACUGGAAGCAUGAGGAGUGCCUUGUUCCCACAUUUCGGGAGUAUGUUCAGCAUGGGAGGUCAACCGAGGAAUGAGGAAUGGGAUGAGGAGAAUCUCGUUGGAGAAGGUGAGGACUAUCCGUCGGACCGUGGGGAGGAUUCUGAUGAUGAUCUUCAUUCUCCUUUGAUCUCACGCCAAACGACAAGCAUGGAGAAAGACAUGGAGACUGGUCCUGGAACUCUUUCGACCUUCAGACAUGGAAGCCAAGUGCAGGGAGCUCACGGGGAAGGACCGGGUAGUAUGGGGAUUGGAGGAGGAUGGCAAGUGGCAUGGAAAUGGACUGAAAGAGAAGAUGAGUCGGGACAGAAAGAAGGCGGGUUCAAGAGGAUUUACUUGCAUCAAGAAGGCUUCCCGGGAUCUCGACGAGGCUCCAUCGUCUCAUUGCCCGGAGGUGACGGAACCGGUGAGACAGAUUUUGUGCAAGCUGCUGCUUUGGUUAGCCAACCGGCUCUUUAUUCCAAAGACCUUCUCAGAGAACAUGCAGUUGGUCCUGCUAUGGUUCACCCAUCCGAAACAGCUAAAGCCUCAAUAUGGCAUGAUCUUCAUGAUCCUGGAGUCAAACGUGCUUUAUUCGUUGGAGUCGGGCUUCAGAUACUUCAGCAGUUCUCAGGGAUCAAUGGAGUUCUUUACUACACACCUCAAAUCCUAGAGCAGGCAGGUGUUGGGAUUCUACUGUCCAACCUGGGGAUUAGUUCUUCCUCUGCAUCCUUACUUAUAAGUGCAUUGACAACCUUUGUGAUGUUACCUGCAAUAGCUGUUGCAAUGAGGCUCAUGGAUCUCUCUGGUCGAAGGACGUUGCUGCUCACCACGAUUCCAAUCUUGAUAGCAUCUCUACUAGUGUUAGUAAUCUCGAAUCUAGUUGACAUGAACAACAUGGUGCACGCGGUCUUAUCGACCAUAAGCGUCGUUCUCUACUUCUGUUUCUUCGUGAUGGGUUUCGGUCCUGCUCCAAACAUCCUCUGUUCAGAGAUCUUUCCAACUCGAGUCCGUGGAAUCUGCAUCGCCAUUUGCGCCCUCACUUUCUGGAUCUGUGACAUUAUCGUCACUUACAGUCUCCCUGUGCUGCUCAAAUCCAUUGGACUUGCCGGUGUGUUUGGAAUGUACGCGAUCGUCUGUUGCAUCUCAUGGGUCUUUGUGUACCUUAAAGUCCCCGAAACUAAGGGCAUGCCACUCGAAGUCAUCACUGAGUUCUUCUCUGUUGGAGCUAGACAAGCUGAAGCUGACAAAACCAACUGA